AUGAGUCCAAGCCUAGGCCCAGAAUCGUUACUUACUUUGCUUGAUGGCCUAGAAUGCAGUGCCUUCACAAUAGCUGAGUCUUUUGCAGCAGGACUAGUCCUCGACUGCAUCGAAUCUGUCGUGCUGUUGUUGCUACUGGGUGAUUCCAUGCUAUCGCUACUGUCGCUUUUUGCUGCAUUUCCGCAUAAUCCAGUGGCGGGGCCAAUUCCAGCUCUUAUUGUUGCUAAACCGGAAGGAAGUGCUGCUGCUAGCGGUGUUGCUUAUGAAAAAAUUCUGGAAGAAAUCAGAAGGAAAACGCCAUUUGCUGGAGCACAGGUUUACAUCUUUAGGCGGCGUGCAGUUGAGACCGGAAUGAGUGUCGGUUCGACUCUGUACAACCAGUGGCGAGAGCCAAGCGACGAUGACGACGUUAAUGAUGAUAACGAAGCCGAGGUCGAUGCGAAAUUAUUAUCGCUCCAAGCAUGUUGA